AUGGACCCAGAAGGGACCUUGACUAUGUUUCUGGCGAUCAGUGUGUCUUGUCUGUUCAUCCUCAAAGCCUGGAAAUGAAUCAACAAGGGAGGAAAGCUGCCCCCAGGCCCCAGACCAAUUCCUUUCCUGGGGAACGUGCUGCAGGUCCGCAUCGAUGCCUUUUUUCACUCUUUCAUGAAGAACAGUGAGCUCGACCCUACGCUAUGGAAUGUUGCUCUUAAUGAAAUAUCCUCAGGCACCCCAAUUGAUCCUACCUUCUUCCUGAGCCGCACGGUGUCCAAUGUCAUCAGUUCUGUGGUCUUCGGAAACCGUUUUGACUAUGAAGACAAGCAGUUCCUGAGCCUUCUGGGGAUGAUUAAUGAGACUUUCAUUGAGAUGAGUGUGCCCUGGGCCCAGCUGUAUGACAUGUAUUCGGGAGUCAUGCAGUAUUUGCCCGGAAGACACAAUCACAUCUAUGACUUGAUAGAAGACCUUAAGGCCUUUGUAGCGUCCAGAGUCAAGGUCAAUGAAGCCACACUUGACCUCCAAAACCCUCGCGAUUUCAUCGACUGCUUCCUUAUAAAGAUGCACCAGGAUAAAAAAGAUCCACACACAGAAUUCAACCUCAGGAAUUUGGUGCUCACCACCCUCAAUCUCUUCUUUGCUGGCACAGAAACAGUGAGCUCGACCCUACGCUAUGGAAUGUUGCUCUUAAUGAAAUAUCCUCAGGUAGAAGCUAAGAUCCAGGAAGAGAUUAUCCAGGUGAUCGGACCACACCGGAUUCCCACAGUGGAUGACCGCCUCAAGAUGCCCUACACGGAUGCAGUCAUCCAUGAGAUCCAGAGACUGACGGACAUCGUGCCCCUGGGAGUCCCCCAUACCGUCAUCCGGGACACUCACUUCCGAGGCUACUUUCUGCCCAAGGGCACAGAUGUCUAUCCACUACUUGGCUCUGUCCUCAGAGACCCCAAAUACUUCCAACACCCAAAUGACUUUUAUCCUCAGCACUUCUUGGAUGCACAGGGACGCUUCAAGAAGAAUGAUGCCUUUGUGGCCUUUUCUUCUGGAAAGCGGAUCUGCGUUGGGGAGGCCCUGGCCCGCAUGGAACUCUUCCUCUACUUCACCUCCAUUCUUCAGAACUUCUCCUUACGCUCACUGGUGCCACCUGCUGACAUUGAUAUCACCCCCAGAAUUUCAGGCUUUGGCAACAUCCCCCCAGUGUAUAAGCUCUGCCUGGUGGCCCGCUGA